UACGAAAUGUACUUGGGGAAUUGCCGCUGACAUCGGGGAUUUUAAAAGAUAAGAAAAUAAAUUUAUAAACAAAUUGGUAACGAAUCGUUGUCUGAAACGGUGUGUAAAGGCAAGUUUAAAUAAAUUUCAAGUCGUGACUUCGGGCAUGUACUUACACGUUAAAUUGAACUUCAACCACAUUCGCAACUCCACCACACUACCAUAAUGCUGGUAGCAACCCCAGGGCAAGCAGCGACUUAUUCCCUUCUCGGCAGUAGUGCGCCCAAGAAGACAUGUCUUACCUCGUCUGCAACACCAAAGAGCACCACCAACAACUCCACCGCAACAACUAGUAUUUGCGGCGUCAAUAAAAGCAACAGUAGCGCAGCCUCUACGCUUAUGAAAACAAUAUCGGUACGACUUAAUAGAGGCACUGAAUUUUUAAAAGAUACCGUACAGAAGGCGCUUAUAAACAAUACCACCACCUCCUCUUCAAGCAUAAACUUCCAUAACACUAACAUCAAUAACAUAAACACAACUGUUGUUGGUUCAUUAAAACACAUUCAUGGGACGUCAGCUGUCGCUGUGCCAGUAUCCUCUUCAAACAAUUUAGCAUCUAAGUUUGGAAACUCUGCAGCUUUGGCGUCAACAGCUUCAACAUCAGCUGGUGCAAUUGUUAGGACGUCAAUUGCAACCAACACUUCCAAGUCACUCAAGCUUAACACCGUCCCGCCCACCAAAAUACAUCGCUAUCCACAAGAGCGUCAGGAGGCAAGCAGAACGGACAGUAUCAACAAAGAGAUGUGCCAUUUCAAGCCGAUUCUCUCAGCACCAACAAUGCGAUGGAAAUGUGGAAGCAAGUCGCGGGGCGGUGCAUCAAUUAAAAUACCCAUAGCGUGUUUAGCAACGAAUAUCAAAAGCUUGAACUGUGAUGAUUGUGUGAUGGUAGCUGACAGUAGCAGCGAAGAUGAGGAGGUAGUAGAUGAAGACAGAGCAGUAAAGGGAAAUACAACGCAUCCGCACAAAUACCACAAAUUACAGCCAAAGCCAAGUUCCACCUUAUUGACAACAAUCAUAACUUCCGCUUCGCACCAAUCUGCAUUCGUCCGUCUGGUCGCACAAAUGAAGACUAUGGCCAACAUUCAUCAAAGCCCGAGUGAGCAAUCGCACAGCAGGACCCCAACAAAAAAGCCGGACCAGUACAAGAAGCGCCCCACAACACGGAGUGGUCGGCAGUCUAAAGCAGCUGUCGCAUUAAAGCUGCCACAAGUGCGCACAUCACCUACGAAUUUCCCAUUGACACAAGUUUUCCUACGCAGUCGCAAACAGUCAUUGAUGCAGGUUAAGGACCUCCAUUUCUCUAAUGAGCUUAUUGUCAAAAAGGGGGAAAAAGUCCCUGCAGAUGCUGCUUUCAAAAGCUCUAAUAAGGAAACCAAAACCGUUAAGGGGAAUGCAACAAAGAAAACCAAUCGCAAUGUCACCAAGUCAAAGAUGAUUGAUAUAGUUGCAUUUGCGCAGGAAAAGGUUGCCGCUAAAAAAAAAAGCAGAGAUCUAACAGCAAACAAGAAGGACGAUACUACUGGCACUGUUGGCGCUCCGGAUUCGGAAGUAAAAAUCAAUCAACGUAAAAGAAAGCGAUUAGAGGCAACCAGAUCAGUGCACGUAGGUUGCGGGCCCAACUUGAAUGACGAGACAUCAACUGAUCUAAUUGAAUUGGCUGCGUUGCCACCGCUGCGCAAAAGUGCAAGGCUUUCAAAAGAUGGCGGAAACAACGACUUGUUGAAAAUUGAUCCAGUGAAGCAGGUUACGCUUAGGAAACUAAAAGCGCGCAGGAUGUCUAAACGUUUAUCUGAGUCAUUUUCUCCACCAAUGACACGUUCAAGGCUGAAAGAAUUGAUGCAGAAACAAUCGGUCGCGUGCGUGGGCAGCAGAAACAAAAAGCAAGUUGUCUAGGCGGCCACUCAACAUGGCAAUUAACAGCAACAAUAUAUACUCUUUUUUUUUUAAGUGUGGCUAUUGUGCAUAGUGUCUGAUAGUACAGCUGUGUUAAGAUAAAGAGAGUUCAAUGAAGAGCAAACAAAGCAUUCAUGGAGCAGA